AUAGAUGUUUUGCAUUUUUGUAGUGGGUAGAUCAUUUUGACUCGGUCAUUUUAAAAGUAGCUCGCAUGCUGAAAAUGUGUGAGCACCCCUGCUCUAACCUGUAAGUAUCAGUACCACUAAAUAAUGGUCAUGCAUCUGAGGUUUAUUGGAGACUUUAAAUUGUGAGUGUGAAUAGUGUCACCAUAAUGAGGUCAUGUGAUAUAGAAAAUAGAUGGAAUUCUUCCAAAAUAUUAAAAAAACAACAAAAAAUCAAGAGUCUGUAUUCAACAUGAGCUACAGUCGAGCAUAAGAAGAAAUGUAAGGGAAAACACCACCCUCUAGUGGCUCACUAUGGAAUCGCUCCUGUUUAAUUGUAUACCAAUGCAUCCAUGUCACACUUGAUGACGUGUUUGCGGCGCCGGUCCAGGCCUCCCACAGAAAAGCACAGACAACCUGUGGCAUGAUGAGGUCACGGAGAUUUCAGUUCCUGGAUGGCGGCUCACAGCUAAUCCCACUUCCACGCCGGAUCUCUAAAUAAAGGGACGACAACACCGGAAUGAGGAAAUGUGCAAAACAAAGUUGUUGAAUGCUGUGAAAAGCCCUCGGGCUGAUGAGGCUCACUUCCACUCGAGUCCCCCUCCUGAGGUGCUUCUUCUCGCCGCAGCCCCCCUCCAUCUCUCUCCCACCUUUCCACGCCAUGUCUCUCCUGCUGCUCGCGGUGCUGUCCUCGCUCCUGGUCCACGGCGCCCAGUCGUGGGGCUCCAGCGUCAAGUACGCCGUCAACUGUCCGGACAGGUGCAACGUGGAGCUGUGCGGGCCCACGCACGGCUGCACGCGCACGGUGCUGGACGACUGCGGCUGUUGCCGGGUGUGCGCGGCCGGCCGAGGGGAGCACUGUUACCGCACCGUGUCCGGCAUGCACGGCGUCAAGUGUGGACCGGGUCUCUUCUGUGAGUUCUACAAGGACGAGGACGACUAUGGGGACGAAUACGGCGUGUGCAGAGAUUGCCACUACGGGACUUACGGUGUGGAGUGCCGCAAGACAUGCAGCUGCAAAGGGGGCCUGUGCGACAGGGAGACGGGCGCUUGUCUCACCCUCCGAUUCUUUGCCAAACUUGCCGGCAAGCUCAAAACGGAGCCUCAAGCAGAAGGAGAUGUCGGCUCGGGAGAGGUUCAGGACUCGGAUCAAGCGGCAGUGGAUCAAUCCAGCGCUCCUAAGUGGCUCAACCCUCGCUGACACAGUGCUUACACACAAGCUGGAAUCCCUCAUUCAGUCAGUGGCAAUGUAGCAUUAACUUAUAAGUCAACUGAAAGGUCUAUUUUAUUAUUAUGUUCAAAGAUGCAUACUUUCUUUAUUUAUAUGCCUUUUACUCAUUUGCUGCUGUCUUAUUCUCCAAAUUGUUUGUUCUGGAUUGGAUAAAAUGUUGACAUUUUCUUAGUUACUGUGCCUUCAAAGGAAAAUAUCAUGGCUUGUGUUGUACUGGGUAUUAAUUCUCUUUAUUAUAUGGCAUUUCUAGUGGAAACAGAAAACAUGCAAAUGUCCUACAAAUAAACCAA